AUGCUCUCCUGCCUCGUCCUGACCGCAGGCUGCUGGCAGGGAGCGCCGUGGCCCACUCUGCGCCCGAUCGGCACCAUCGAGACGUGCUUCACGGAGAAGUUCGCAACGCCUCGGCAGGGUGCGGUCGUCCCCGAUGCACUCGCGAGGCUCAAGCUCGACACGCUCGAGGACGGCGUCGACGCACGCGCAGCGCUCGACGGCCUCGAGGCUUACUCGCACGUCUGGCUCGUGUGGGCGGCUCACCUCAACGGCCACGCUGCCGCGCGUGCAAAGGUGCAGGCGCCGCACCUUCGAGGAGGCCGCACCGGUGUCUUCGCCACGCGUUCGCCCUUCCGGCAGAACCCUCUCGGCCUCUCGCUGGUGCAGCUUCGCGGCAUCCAGGGCGACACCGUGCUGCUGAGCGGUGUCGAUCUGGUGAGUGGCACACCAGUCAUCGACUUGAAGCCCUACAUCCCCGCAUACGAUGCGCCUGCGCCGGGCUCCACAUGCCGAACCGCAGACUGGGUCGACCCGCCCACGCUGCCGGUGCGCUUCACGCCUGAGGCUACCGCCGCGCUGGAGCGGUUGCGGCCGGCUGCCUCCAAGAGCCACACGCCCGGACUGCUCGACGCCGCCUCUCUCCGGAGCACGCUCGAGCAGUCGCUCGCCGCGGACCCUCGGCCGCUCUACCGCUGGCGGCGCGACGGCGGCGACGGUGCGGAGUACUCGGUGAGAGUGGACGGCGUCCGCGUGCUUGCGACGAUCUGCGACGCGGCGGUCACCGUGCAACGGCUAGGCAUGGAUGACGAGGACUGCGACACUACCAGUGUGUGA